GGGGACUGAAAAUAUCUAAGAUAGUCAACUAUUUUUUCCCUUCGCCUCUAAGUAACUUUGACCUCCCACUCUUGAAAACGACUUUACCUGUUUUUUUAAUUAAUAAAAAAAAAAAGACCACUAAAAUCGUUUGAUGGAUUGGUAACCAAUAGGAUUGCGUAAAUCAAAAUAAUAGGAGUACUGUAACACAAUAUUAAAGUCUGAAAAAGGAAACACGAAAAGCGAAUCUGUGAUUUGCGAGUGAGGGCCCAAACUAGAAAGCUGACCUGGCAAACGCGCUAAAUCACUACUUUCCCCUUUCAGAUAUCUAAAGAUCACGUGGGACCCACCAGCCUUCACCACUUUCUCUCCUUCACCAAAAAUCACAGAGACCUCUUAAUAAGCGAAGCUGCAAGGAAACAACUUUCAAUUUCAAUGUCGGUUGUAAAAUUCUUUGUUACCAAAACGGACGAAUCAAUGGAAGAUGACGACGAAAAAGAUGAAUCCACGGUGGCGGGAACUGACCCACCCAUUUCCACCGCCUCUCUAUUCCCCAGAUUUUUUUUGAAUAUCUGACUACAGUUUGUCGGUUACUUCCUUCCCUAAACCUUUAUAAACGCUAAACCUCUCAUCUUCCCUUAACACCUUUUCUUAAUUACCAAUUCCUCUCUCACUAAACCGUUAAUUUUAUACUAUUUCAAAUGAGCCCAAAAAAAGAUGCUGUUUCUAAACCAACUCCAAUCUCAGUACCCGUUUCGACCCGACCCGGGUCUCUCUACGUCGACACUGACAUGGGUUUCUCUGGGUCACCACUUCCCAUGCCACUAGACAUCUUACAAGGGAAUCCAAUUCCACCUUUUUUAUCCAAGACUUUCGAUUUGGUUGAUGACCCGACUCUUGACCCGGUCAUCUCUUGGGGACUCACUGGAGCUAGCUUCGUUGUUUGGGAUCCUCUAGAGUUCGCCAGAAUCAUACUUCCACGGAAUUUCAAACACAACAAUUUCUCCAGCUUCGUCAGACAGCUUAACACUUAUGGAUUUCGAAAGAUUGAUACUGACAAGUGGGAAUUUGCUAACGAGGCUUUCCUUAGAGGCAAGAAGCAUCUUCUGAAGAACAUUCAUCGUCGUCGAUCACCACAAUCCAACCAAACUUGCUGCAGUAGCACCAGCCAAAGCCAAGGGUCACCUACUGAGGUUGGAGGAGAGAUUGAGAAGCUGAGGAAAGAGCGGCGUGCGUUGAUGGAGGAAAUGGUUGAGCUUCAGCAGCAAAGCAGAGGCACAGCUCGACAUGUGGACACUGUGAACCAGAGACUGAAAGCUGCAGAGCAACGUCAGAAGCAAUUGCUCUCUUUCUUGGCUAAGUUGUUUCAGAACCCGGGUUUCUUGGAACGCCUGAAGAACCUCAAAGGAAGAGAAAAAGGAGGAGCUCUUGGAUUGGAAAAGGCGAGAAAGAAGUUCAUCAAGCACCAGCAGCCUCAAGAUUCUCCAACAGGAGGGGAGAUGGUGAAGUAUGAAGCUGAUGAUUGGGAGAGAUUGCUAAUGUAUGACGAAGAGACUGAGACCACUCCACUCUCUAGCCACCAAGGGAUGACUUCAAGCAUAGGAGGAACCGAUCCGAAAGGCAAGAACUUGAUGAAUCCAUCAGAAGAAGAGAUGAUCAAACCAGAUUACUUGAUGUCCUUCCCAUCUCCUGAAGGACUUAUUAAACAAGAAGAGACGACAUGGAGUAUGGGUUUCGAUACUACAAUACCGAGUUUCAGCAACACCGAUGUAUGGGGAAACACAAUGGACUAUAAUGAUGUCUCAGAGUUUGGUCAUGUUGCAGAAACAACAAGUGAUGGUUUGCCUGAUGUCUGCUGGGAACAAUUUGCUGCAGGAAUCACAGAGACUGGAUUCAAUUGGCCAACUGGCGAUGAUGAUAAUAAGCCAAUGGAUGAUCCUUAAGAUCUUUCAUAUAGUUUAGAACAAAAACCCGUUUAUUAUCGGGUGAACUAUUAAUUCAUUAUUCAUUUUGAAUGCACUCUUAUACAUAUAUAAUAAUAAUGAGUUUGAUUGUGCCUUUCUUAUUCA